AUGUUGGGCUUUAUCCAAGCGAUUCUAGCAAUCCCAGCUCUGGCUGCUGCGGCUAGCUUCCCCGUCAUUGAGACUAACAGUGGCCCUGUUCAGGGUACCAACUCUCCCUUCCGCAGUGGAGUCACUGUUUACAAAGGUAUACCAUACGCCGCAAGUCCCGCCGGACCGAAGCGUUGGACUCCUCCAACCAAGCCGAAGUCUUGGACAAAAACUCUCAAUGCUACAGAGUUCGGUCCACAGUGUGCACAGCCUUAUUCCGAGGCUGGAAUCUUCUCCUCUGGAAAGAACAGCACCAGUGAAGACUGUUUGACAGUCAAUGUCUGGACGCCCACCUACGACACCACUGAUGCCAGUGAGAUCAAGUCGAAGAAUCUCCCCGUCUACGUCUGGAUCUUCGGUGGUCGGUUCGAGGGCGGCUCCGGCGAUGUUAUCACGUAUGAUGGAACGGGUCUUGCUUCUAAAGAUAUCAUCGUGGUUACUUUGAACUACCGCCUUGGUGCAUUCGGAUUCCUCGCCCACCCUGACCUCUCUCGUGAGUCUGGACACAACAGCUCUGGAAACUACGGCAUCAUGGAUCAGCAGUUUGCUCUCCGCUGGGUCCACGAUAACAUUGCCCAAUUUGGUGGAAACUCUAGCCAAGUCACCGUUGGCGGCCAAUCUGCCGGAUCUGCCAGCGCCUUGGAUAUGAUGUGGAGCCCUCUCAGCAAGGGAUUGAUCCACGGUGCCAUUGCUGAGAGUGGUGCUCGUGGACCCCACGACCCUGCUACAGGAAGUGUCGCCACCUCCUACACUACCAAGGACGUAGCUGAGAAAUUCGGAGUGGAAUUCCUCCAGACGAUGAACGUCUCUUCUAUUGCGGAGCUUCGUAAUGCGUCCAUGGCCUCCCUCAUUGGACAGGGUCAGUUGAUGGAAUCGGACUACUAUGAUGGUACCGUCUUUUCCGACCUUUGGUCUGGACCACCCCGCUGGCGCCCUGUGAUCGAUGGCUACGUGCUUCCUUACGGGUAUGGAGAGGCUUUGCGGCUGGGCGCUCAUGCGGACGUUCCAAUCAUGACGGGCAACAACCUGAACGAGAACGAUGGCGGUGCUUCGACUGUUUCCGAGUACAAGACCCUCUGGACCACUGUUUUCCAAAACUACUCGAGCGAUUUCUUCUCCCUUUACCCAGCUAAAUCCGCAGCUCAGGCUAAGGAGAACUCCGAUGCUGUUCUUUUGGAUAUGGCUCAGAUUGGUACUUGGGACUGGGCUCGAAUGUGGCGCACCGGCGGAGCCAAGUCCAACAUUUUUCGCUACUUCUUUGACACGGCACCUGCAGAGAAUGAGUCUGGUGGUGCCUACCACGGUGCGGAGCUCUGGUUUGUUACCAACAACAUCCCCUACUCAGACUACUCGAGCGUCAGCUGGAAUGAAUCCGACUACAAGAUUGAGUCCGUUAUGUCCAGUUAUUGGGCUAACUUCAUCAAGACUGGCAACCCGAAUGGAGACGGUCUGACCUACUGGAGCCCCUCCUCGGACAACAAGACAGCCAUGCACUUGAGCCAAGGCUUUGGAGCUGUUCCAAUUGCCAAAUCCGCUGAGCGUAUCAGCUUCCUUCGUCGGUGGAUGUCGCACUUGCAUGAGUAUUAG